AGAGGAGCCGCUUCAAAGCCCGGCGCUGCGCUUUUGCAAAGCUGCGGCAGCUUAAGCUGGAGCGGCGCCCGUUGGCUGCCGGCUGUGCCGCGGCCCCCAGCCCGAGAGAAGGCGCGCGGCUGAAAUGAGCCAGGCUGCUGCCGAAGGGGGAGCCGCAGCCUCCGGAGGCCGCCCCUCGCCGCCCGCCUCCUCCUCCUCCUCCUCCGCCUUCCCCGCAAUCGACGGCUGGGCGGCGGAGCUGAUCGCGGAUGCCGCCGAGAACGGAGAGCCCCGGCGGAAGGCGGCAGCGGAGGAGGAGGAGGCUCGGCCGCUUCCUUACUGUCUGCCCCCUGAGACCGGGAAGGAGAUGAAAGAAGUAGAAGAAUGUAUAGAAGAGAUGUUAAUAAGGCUGGAUGAGUUCUGUGGUAUGACUGAUAUGAAGAAUGGCUGCUCCUAUAAUACUGUAGGAUUUCCUUUCAUCCUUCUGCAGAUUAGGAGUGAUACAUCCAUUCUCUUGGAAGAGAUGAUUCCACUUAUUAAGGCCAAGGUUUCAGAAAUGAACAAUGUCUACACAAAAGUGGAUAAACUAGAGGCAUUUGUGAAAAUGGCCGGCCAUCAUGUUUCUUUCCUAGAAGAACAAAUCCUCCAAGCAGAGAAGACUCAUGCUGGAUGUCCUUCUUCUAUUCAAAAGCUGCUUGGGUCACUAGUUUUCCCUUUAUUUAAAAAAUUCCCUGUCUCAUGAAGAUAUUGAGCAUUUCUACAAAAUAUCAGGAAGACAUAUACUCCAGAUGCACAGAAGAGUUAUAACUUGCCUGAACUUUAUAGAACGGAAGAUUAUUUUCCUAUCAAAUGUAUUGGUAGCAAGUAUCAGAGCCAUUAGUUUUGUAUUUAUGCUUAUUGCAUUAUAAUCAAAUAAACUAUUUGGAUAUUCUC